ACCCCGAGCGCUUGCCGGCAUGGCUUCCGCGUCGGGGUGUGCGCCCCGGUUUCCCCCGGGGGGCGGCCAGGGCGCCCGGAGCUGCUGCUUGCAGCCAGCAGGCCCCGCCUCCUGGGCGACCCUUUUCUCGGCGUUCCCCCCAACACGCCUUCGGAGCAGGCUCUCGAAUCUUGAGCUCCCGGGAGGCUCAGAGUUCGGCCAGUGUUGCCGCUGCCCUCUCGAAGACGCGGACCUGUGGUCCCCAGCCUCUCCCAGGAGACCUGCGCCCUGUUCCUUUUCUCCCAGAGCCCCAAGUGGGGCGGGAAUGUGGGCAGUUAUGGGAGGCACGGAGGCUGCAGUUGGAGCUGGUCGGGGCUUUUUUAUCUGGCAGUUACUUCCUCAUCUGAGCUGGGCUUGGCCUGGCGGUCUCCAGAAAGGCCAGCUCUCGGCACUGUCUCGAGCUCUCCUCUCCUUUCCUUAACGCUUCUGGGUGACAGGAGCUGCAGUUGUGGCUGUUUUUGUUAAGUUUGAGAUCUUUCUUAGUGGCCGAACGGGGCUGCUGGGUAGUGCUUUUUGCUCCCAGCUCAGCUACUCCCCCAACCUUGGGAGAGGUUUUGUUUGGAAACUUUGUGUUUGGGCUUGGCCGUUUUUGAAUGCCUUGGUGUGUUUUGUGAUUAAAGUUGUUCAGUCAUACAACUUAACUAGCAUUCGGGAUCAUGAUGUGUUAUUCUCGUUAAUGUGGCGGUAAAAUAUAGUGUUUGAGUUUUGGCAAGCCACUUUAUUUCCUCAUUUUGAUAGGGGCCCUAGCUUCUCUGGUGAGAUAAGGCUAUGAAAAAUGGUGUGUGUGCGUGUUGGGGCAGGGGGUGGUCUUUUGGAAUGUAAUAGAUCAGCAAGCAGAAAGUAAAUUUUCUUGAUGAACCUGCUUUUGCAGAUAUAAACGGGAACGCAGUUUGUGAGAUUUGGAAGUAAUGUUGUAGGCUUCCGAUGUUCAUUUUUCUUCCUAUUGAUCAACGGUGUUAGACUGUCCUUUUUCACUAAUAUACAAGCUUUAUGGAUUUUUUUUGUGGAUGGCUUAGGCUUUGCUUCUGCUACUUGGGUUCAUUUGCUUUGAUUUUUCUUCAUGCUGUAUAAGAAACGUUACUAGGACAUUUAUAAGGCCUCAGUGGGGCAAAUUUGCAAAAAGAUACUAAAAAUAUAAGGGGAUGGAAUGAUGAUUAAGACUGGGAUUUGGAUCUCUAUUCCUCUGCGCUUUCUUUAAAAGAUGGCUGGGAUGGGAAAAGAAGUGUCCAUUUCAGAUUCAUUCUACCACCUUGGAGGCAAAACAUACUUAAGAUCCACUAUUAUAUGCAUACUUUGACCUAAGGCCUACUUUGCCCUAGCUAUUCAUUGGGAUUUUUUUCUGGUCCUUGCAGUGGUCGUCUCGUUUCCUCCAUCAGAUGAAUUGUUAAUGAGCUCUGCACCUGAAAUGGCUCCCCAUUCACUUUGUCGUUUGCUGUGCUCCCUAAGGGCAGAGGAUUUUGGAGCUCACUUCCUUGCUGGACACCCACUAAGCUAAAUACUGAAUAAUUUUACCACUGAUCCCACGGAACUGGGUUCUCAAACCAAGUAAAAAGUUGCAGUGAUUCUUGGAAAUUAAAGCAAAGAACAUUACAACUGUGUUGAGGUCUUGCAUAGGGCUGUGUGAAUGUAGAAGCAAAGGCAGGUUUGUAUUUUGAGAAUACAUUUAUGCUUGUCUUACAUGUAUAUCCAGGGACAUAGAUGAGAAAACAGCCAGACCAAAACUCAGAGCCUUUAGAUUUUUUCACCAGCUUGCAAAAUUGUUCAAGAAUUGGUAUUUUGUUGAGGUUCUAUUAAUGACAAUGACCAGUGGAGGAUGAGAAUGGGCCGUUUUCUUUUAUUCUCAUUAAGAGAGAUUUCCUUUGGACCAUAGGCAUGUGGACCUUUCCAAUUUGCACCACACACGGUAGUAAACACAACUGUCUUCCAAUCAAAAGUGUUCUUCCCGUACUCAAGGGUGGAGUUUGCAAGCAGCUGGCCUGUGAUUGGGCAGAUUUUCAUUCAGUUAUGUUUAAGAUGUUUUCAGGCACGCUUGGUUUUGAGUAAUGCCUAGCAGGGCGCCCCCUUUUAAGGAUGAGUAAUUGAGGGUUGGAUGAAUGAGUUUCUGAAGUGAUUGAAAACACAAUUCUUAAUUUUAAAUUCCACGAAUACAUCUCUUUCUAAAUACUUUUUGAUUCAGAUAUCCUAUAAAAUACAGUACUGAUCCAUUAAAUGAAACCUUUUUUGGAAAACAGUAACAAAGCCAAGUGCUACCUUAAGGUGAGAUGUGAAAAAAAGGAGUCAGGAUCCUGUUGAUUGAGAGUUUUGUUGAUAAGGUUCUCAUAGGUGGACAUCUUCACCAGCAGAAGCCAUGCUGACAAAUUACUCAGAUGUUUAGCCAAGGCAUGAAAACAGCUUUCCCCCCCCUUUCUCCUGGAAUAGUAAUUUUAUUUGUGUUUUAAAAUGGGCCUUUUAUGUUUUUAGAAUUAGUUUAUGGGUUUUUAUGCAUUUAUCUCUGGCUUUUCUUUCCUAAUCUGGUGUCCUCUUUGUGUUCCUAAAUCAUUAUUGGCUCAUGUAAGUUGCAGAGACCUUGGGACCGUCACGUAUAUGGGUAUUGUACAUAAAACAGACCAAAAGAAACCCAUGGAUUUUCCUUUUUUUGGUUAUAAAAGCAAAGCUUGUAAUUUGCAAAAUGUCAAAAAAAGGUUUACACAAGAAAAACCAGCAAUCUCUUUGCUCAUCUUUCUUAAUGCUAGUACAAAAAACAUGAAAACAUUCAACCGUAUACAAAGAGUUUCCUUUUUUUUUAGCCAAUGGUGUCCUACUGCACAAUAUUUGCACCCUGCCUUUUUUUUCUUUCAUUUGACAGUAUACCAUGGGGAUCAAUACUUACAGAUUUUACUCAUCGUUUUUGGUAACUACUUUAUAUUCCAUAGAAUGGAUGUACCAUAAUUUAUUCAGUUAUUCCUCCUGUUAAUGGACAUUCAGGUUAUCUAAAGUUUUUUUGGCAGUAUAGACAAUGCUGUCAUUAAUAUACUUGUAUACAUAUUUUUAUGUAAUCCAGGUUUUAUUUCUGUAGUUUAGCAAUCCAGGAUUGAAAUUGUUCGGUUAAGAAGUAUAUGUAUUUUUUAUUUUAUUACAUAAUGCCAGGUUAUUUUCCAGUAGGUGUAUAGCAUUUCCUACUCCCACCAACAGUACUCAGGGUGCUUGUUUCUCUUUACCCUUGCCUUCACUGGUAUCAUCAGUCUUUCUCAUUUUUGCCAAUCUGAUGGGUGAAAAACAAUAUCCAUAAUUUUCAUGACUAUUUGUCCUUUUUUUCCAUGUGUACUGGCUUUUUCAUUUCUUUUAUUUGUUACUUAUGGAUAUCUUUUGCUCAUUUGAGAAAAAUAGGAGUUGUCUUACCACUCUCUGCAAGUUCUGUGCAUGGAUAUUAACUCCUUCACCUGCGUAGUGGGUUGUAUUUUGUUUCAUUUGUCUCUUGACUUUUUUUUUUUUUUUUUUUUUUUGAGACACAGUCUCGCUGUGUCACCCAGGCUGGAGUGCAGUGGCUCCAUCUCAGCUCACUGCAACCUCUGCCUCCCGGGUUCAAGCGAUUCUCCUGCCUCAGCCUCCCGAGUAGUUGGGACUACAGGCGUGUGCCACCAUGCCCAGAUCUUUGUAGAAUUUGAUGGCUGUAACUGGAAGCAACACUCCUGGGUAAAAGUUCAUGCUGAGGAAGUUAUUGUGCUUCUGCUGGAAGGGUCUCUUGUAUGGGCGCCCCGUGAGGACCCAGUCCUUCUCCAGGGCACUCGAGUCUCCAUUGCACAAUGGCCAGCCCUGACUUUUACUCCCCUUGUAGAUAAACUGGGUUUGGGUUCUGUGGUUCCAGUGGAAUAUCUUCUGGAUCGAGAGCUUCGGUUCCUGUCAGAUGCCAAUGGGUUGCAUCUGUUUCAGAUGGGAACAGAUAGCCAAAACCAGAUUCUUUUGGAACAUGCUGCACUGAGAGAAACAGUUAAUGCUUUGAUCAGUGACCAAAAGCUACAAGAGAUAUUCAGCCGAGGUCCCUACAGUGUUCAAGGUCACAGGGUCAAAGUAUAUCAGCCAGAGGGGGAAGAAGGGUGGCUCUAUGGUGUUGUGAGCCAUCAAGACUCCAUCACUCGUCUUAUGGAGGUGUCUGUAACUGAGAGUGGUGAGAUCAAGUCGGUAGAUCCCAGACUAAUCCAUGUGAUGCUGAUGGAUAAUUCAACGCCUCAAAGCGAGGGGGGUACGUUAAAAGCAGUAAAAUCUUCCAAAGGAAAGAAGAAGAGAGAAAGCAUAGAGGGGAAAGAUGGCCGGAGGAGGAAAAGUGCUUCGGACUCUGGGUGUGACCCUGCAUCAAAGAAAUUAAAAGGAGACAGGGGUGAAGUAGACAGUAAUGGGAGCGAUGGAGGUGAGGCAAGCCGAGGGCCCUGGAAAGGAGGGAAUGCCAGUGGAGAGCCAGGGCUGGAUCAGAGAGCCAAGCAGCCACCGUCUACAUUUGUCCCCCAGAUAAACCGCAACAUUCGCUUUGCCACUUACACCAAAGAAAACGGCAGGACUCUGGUGGUGCAGGAUGAGCCUGUAGGUGGGGACACACCUGCAUCUUUCACUCCAUAUUCUACAGCCACAGGUCAGACACCUUUGGCCCCAGAGGUGGGUGGAGCCGAAAACAAAGAGGCAGGAAAAACACUGGAACAAGUUGGCCAGGGCAUAGUGGCUUCCGCAGCUGUGGUCACUACCGCCAGCUCCACCCCAAACACAGUGAGGAUCUCAGACACUGGCCUUGCAGCAGGGACUGUGCCAGAAAAACAGAAAGGCAGCCGGUCGCAGGCCUUGGGAGAGAAUUCAAGAAAUUCUAUUCUGGCCUCUUCUGGAUUUGGAGCACCUCUCCCUAGUUCAUCGCAACCUUUGACUUUUGGAAGUGGAAGGAGCCAGUCCAAUGGUGUUCUAGCCACAGAGAACAAACCUUUGGGCUUCUCUUUUGGCUGUAGCUCUGCACAAGAGGCACAGAAAGACACUGAUCUCUCCAAAAACUUGUUUUUUCAAUGCAUGUCCCAAACUUUACCUACCAGUAACUACUUCACUACUGUUUCAGAGAGUUUGGCUGAUGAUUCUUCUAGUCGGGACUCAUUCAAACAAAGCCUUGAGAGCCUGAGCUCAGGCCUGUGUAAAGGCAGAUCCGUUCUUGGAACAGACACUAAGCCAGGCUCUAAGGCUGGCAGCUCUGUGGACCGGAAAGUGCCUGCAGAGUCCAUGCCCACCCUCACUCCAGCCUUCCCACGGAGCCUCCUAAAUGCCCGUACCCCAGAGAAUCAUGAAAAUCUAUUUUUACAGCCCCCCAAAUUGUCCCGAGAAGAGCCUUCUAAUCCUUUCCUGGCAUUUGUGGAGAAAGUUGAACACAGCCCUUUCAGUAGUUUUGCAUCUCAGGCAUCAGGUAGCUCCUCUUCUGCUACCACUGUCACCUCCAAGGUGGCACCCAGCUGGCCCGAGUCUCACUCCUCUGCAGAUUCGGCAUCUUUAGCAAAGAAGAAACCCCUCUUCAUUACAACUGACUCCUCCAAGCUAGUAUCUGGUGUUCUGGGCUCAGCUCUUACCAGUGGGGGCCCAAGCCUCUCUGCCAUGGGGAAUGGCCGCUCCAGCUCGCCCACCAGCAGCCUCACUCAGCCCAUUGAGAUGCCAACUCUCUCCUCCAGCCCCACAGAGGAGAGGCCAACUGUGGGGCCUGGGCAGCAGGACAAUCCCCUCCUCAAAACCUUUAGUAACGUCUUUGGCAGGCACUCAGGCGGCUUUCUGUCCUCCCCGGCAGAUUUUUCACAGGAGAACAAAGCUCCUUUUGAAGCUGUGAAAAGGUUCUCACUGGAUGAACGAAGCUUGGCUUGCAGACAAGACUCGGACUCCAGCACCAACAGUGACCUGUCAGAUUUGAGUGACUCUGAGGAGCAGCUGCAGGCUAAGACAGGCCUGAAGGGAAUUCCAGAGCACCUGAUGGGGAAGCUGGGCCCCAAUGGGGAGCGCAGUGCUGAGCUGUUGCUGGGCAAAAGCAAAGGGAAGCAGGCCCCCAAGGGCCGGCCUCGGACUGCCCCCCUGAAAGUUGGCCAGUCAGUGCUGAAAGAUGUAAGCAAAGUGAAGAAGCUGAAGCAAUCUGGAGAGCCCUUCCUGCAGGAUGGGUCAUGCAUCAAUGUGGCACCUCAUCUGCACAAGUGUCGUGAAUGCCGCCUGGAGCGGUACCGGAAGUUUAAGGAACAGGAGCAAGAUGAUUCUACUGUAGCCUGCCGUUUCUUUCACUUCCGGAGGUUGAUCUUCACUCGAAAGGGGGUACUCCGUGUGGAGGGGUUUUUAAGCCCCCAGCAAAGUGACCCUGAUGCCAUGAACCUGUGGAUUCCCUCUUCCUCCCUAGCAGAAGGGAUAGAUCUAGAGACCUCAAAAUACAUCCUGGCCAAUGUUGGGGACCAGUUCUGCCAGCUCGUAAUGUCUGAGAAGGAGGCCAUGAUGAUGGUGGAGCCACACCAGAAAGUGGCAUGGAAGCGAGCUGUGCGUGGUGUACGGGAGAUGUGUGAUGUGUGUGAAACAACUCUCUUCAACAUCCACUGGGUUUGUCGCAAAUGUGGAUUUGGGGUCUGCCUUGACUGUUACCGGCUCAGGAAAAGCCGGCCACGCAGUGAGACAGAAGAGAUGGGUGAUGAAGAAGUUUUCUCCUGGUUGAAGUGUGCAAAGGGACAGUCCCAUGAACCAGAGAAUCUCAUGCCCACACAAAUUAUUCCUGGCACAGCUCUUUACAAUAUUGGAGACAUGGUACAUGCUGCUCGGGGCAAGUGGGGAAUUAAAGCAAACUGCCCUUGUAUCAGUCGACAGAACAAAUCUGUAUUGAGACCUGCCGUCACCAAUGGGAUGUCACAGCUUCCUAGCAUAAACCCUAGUGCCUCUUCUGGAAACGAAACUACCUUCUCUGGCGGAGGAGGACCGGCACCAGUAACAACUCCAGAGCCGGACCAUGUUCCCAAAGCCGACAGCACUGACAUCAGAUCUGAAGAGCCUCUGAAAACAGACAGUUCGGCAUCAAAUAGCAAUAGUGAACUGAAAGCCAUCAGGCCUCCUUGCCCUGACACGGCCCCACCCUCCUCCGCCCUGCACUGGUUGGCAGAUUUAGCAACUCAGAAGGCUAAAGAAGAGACAAAAGAAGCAGGGUCCCUGAGGUCGGUGCUCAAUAAAGAGUCUCAUUCACCCUUUGGGCUGGACUCGUUCAACUCCACUGCAAAGGUCUCUCCGCUGACUCCAAAGCUUUUUAACAGUCUGUUGCUGGGUCCCACUGCCUCCAACAACAAAACCGAAGGGUCUAGCCUUCGAGACCUCCUUCACUCCGGGCCGGGAAAACUUCCUCAAACCCCCUUGGACACAGGCAUACCCUUUCCCCCGGUCUUCUCUACAUCCUCAGCAGGAGUGAAGAGCAAGGCCAGCCUACCCAACUUUCUUGACCACAUCAUUGCCUCAGUGGUAGAAAAUAAGAAAACCUCAGAUGCUUCAAAGCGGGCCUGCAACUUGACUGAUACCCAGAAGGAAGUGAAGGAGAUGGUGAUGGGGUUAAAUGUGCUAGAUCCCCAUACUUCUCACUCCUGGCUUUGUGAUGGGAGGCUUCUGUGUCUCCAUGACCCCAGCAACAAAAACAAUUGGAAGAUCUUCCGGGAGUGUUGGAAGCAAGGUCAGCCAGUGCUGGUUUCGGGGGUACAUAAAAAGCUCAAGUCUGAGCUCUGGAAGCCAGAAGCCUUUAGCCAGGAAUUUGGAGACCAGGAUGUAGACUUGGUGAACUGCAGGAACUGUGCUAUAAUUUCCGAUGUGAAAGUUCGGGAUUUCUGGGAUGGUUUCGAGAUCAUAUGCAAACGACUACGGUCAGAAGAUGGGCAGCCAAUGGUGCUCAAACUCAAGGACUGGCCUCCUGGGGAAGAUUUUCGAGACAUGAUGCCAACCAGGUUUGAAGAUCUGAUGGAGAACCUUCCUCUGCCAGAAUAUACCAAACGAGAUGGCAGGCUCAAUCUGGCCUCUAGGCUACCUAGCUAUUUUGUAAGGCCUGAUCUGGGCCCCAAGAUGUACAACGCCUAUGGGUUGAUAACAGCAGAAGAUAGAAGAGUUGGUACAACAAAUCUUCACUUAGAUGUGUCUGAUGCUGUUAAUGUGAUGGUGUAUGUUGGGAUUCCCAUCGGGGAGGGUGCUCAUGAUGAAGAGGUACUCAAGACAAUUGACGAGGGAGAUGCCGAUGAGGUGACGAAGCAGAGGAUUCAUGAUGGAAAAGAGAAGCCAGGUGCUUUAUGGCACAUCUAUGCAGCCAAGGAUGCAGAGAAGAUCCGGGAGCUGCUCCGAAAGGUUGGAGAAGAACAAGGCCAAGAGAACCCCCCCGAUCAUGACCCAAUUCAUGACCAAAGUUGGUACCUGGACCAGACCCUCCGUAAGCGACUCUAUGAGGAGUAUGGCGUGCAAGGCUGGGCUAUUGUGCAGUUCCUAGGUGAUGCUGUUUUCAUACCUGCUGGAGCCCCACACCAGGUUCACAAUCUAUACAGUUGCAUAAAAGUAGCAGAAGACUUUGUAUCUCCAGAACAUGUAAAGCACUGUUUCCGCCUGACUCAGGAAUUCAGGCAUCUCUCUAACACUCAUACAAAUCAUGAGGAUAAACUGCAGGUGAAGAACAUCAUUUACCAUGCAGUGAAAGAUGCGGUUGGCACCCUCAAGGCUCAUGAAUCCAAACUGGCAAGGUCCUAGGCAUGGAGAAACUCCAAGCUCCCCUGUGAAGCAGGUCUUUCACUCACAACACUUAACAGGGAACGGCAGGGCUCUUUGCUGGAGCAGAGGCCCUUCACCCAGAGCCAGUGUGGUCAGUAUUCCAAACUCUCCAGCCACUCUCUUCUACGCUGCCUCAACACUGAAGGUUGACACAGGAAAGUCGUACUGUUCACACACACAGUUUGAGACUCCAAGCCAAGAGUGCCACAUCCCUAUCCUGUGGCCUUUUGGAAAUCCAAAUUGCCUGAACAUGGCGGGGCUUUCCUGCACAUUCUCCUGAUUUGAGAUUCACGGGCACACCUUUCUUUUCUUUUCCUCUUGUGCCUAGUUAAGUGGGAAUGUGUUUGGAGAUAGGGGAAAUCACAUAACUGGUACAAGUAUGGGGUAAUUGCUUAAACAUGCCUGGUGGAAGUCUGAUAGCGUCUCUGCACGUGACCUCUGACAAAGCCCAUCCCAGGAGACGGGGUGAAGCCAUUCCCCACACUCUCCUGUGAACACUGGAGUCUUGCAAGACCCAGGGAGAACCCACUGCUUUUCCCAGGAGGCUCCAGGAUUAGGAAAUGUGUGUAUUUAGUGAAAAAUAGGUUUGUAGUGAAAUAGUUACUAUUUCAUGAAAGUAGAUAUUUUUAGAAUUUUUGAAAUACCACAGUUGUUUUCCUGGAUUAUAAGGAAAGGCACAUUACAUUUAGUCUUCCUUUCGAUAUAAAACUCUUUGAAGAAAUAUGAUUUUUAGAAAUCAGCUACCCAUUAUAGCACAAAAUCAGCCAAAGCAGAAUUUUUUAAAAUUGGCUUUUUUAGGAUUCUUUUUCUCCCCCUCCCAUCUUAGUCUUACCUUGAGGGAACAGUCAUAUGAGAAGGAACUUUGUCACGUCUAAGCUGUGGUGUGUUCCCCAUGUGUGUGUACAACACUGGUGACUCCAGGAACCAUUUUCACUUAUUACCAGUGUUCCCUGGGGACUCCUCUUAACGUUUCCAAAUGGGAAGGACAGUUGAUUUCCAACAUGAGGUUUUUUGUUUUUUAUCCAGAAAUAUUUUCAGCAAAACUUUCCAACUGAGUGGAGUCUGAUUAAGGAUUUAUUUGAAAAUGGUGGGAUUCAUUGGCCCAUAGGUACAUUGGAAAAUGUAUCUCUCUCCAGCUGUACUGUAGUGCCCUGCAGGCUGUUUAUAUGUUCACAGUUACUUUUUUUUUUUUUAAAUAAAAGUCAUUUAAUGUAGAAUACUUUUAAUUUCACUUUCUGUAUUUUAAUUUUGUUGAAGGGCUGAUUGGGAUUUCCAUGUUCUUAUUAAAAAUCUAACAAAUCUG